AUGAAUUCUAAUUCAAAGAAUUUUGAUGUAUUGAAAGAUAUGACAUGUGAAGUACAUUAAGGUAAGAAAGUGACUUCUGUAAUGUUCGAAUAAAGUAAAUCAAUAAGUUUAUAAUAAUGUUUCUAAUGUGAUCAAUGUUGUAUUAAUAACCCCAAACUCCAAAGAAUGACAUUAGAGAACUUGAUAAAUUAUUGCAAUAAAAAAAAAGAAUAAAAUUUCAAUGAGAGACUUUAUAUUUUAUUAGAAAUAUAUAACAAGUCUAUAGAUAAUUUAAAGACGCUUACUUAAAAUUUAGAGAAAGAAGUUCUAAAUUUGAUAAAAUAAGUAGAUAAAUAUUUAGAUUAAAAACUAUUUGAUAUUUAUAAGUUAGUUGCAUCGUAAGAAUUAUACAUGCACAUCAACCAUUAGAGAUUGACAGAUGACAAUGAAGAGCUAUUUAAAAAAUAAAUAAAUGAGGAUUUUAAUAAGUAGAUAUUACAAAAAAUAGAACCAUUCAAGGAUUUUAAUGAAUACCCAAAAUUUGAAAAAGAAUUCGAUAAUUUUUUAUUGAAGUUGAAUGAAAAGAAAUAAUAAGAAUAAGGUUUCUAAACAGUUGGUUACCCUAUAACUUAACCAGAAGUUUGUUAUUCAAUAGAUUUCAAUAAUACUAAUAAUCUUAUGAUUUCAGGAUGUAAUAAUAAUAUAAGAGUUUGGGAGUUUAAUGCUGGAAAAAUGAAUUAAAUUCAUAACAUUGAAGCUCAUUCAAGUUAAGUCACUUAUUUAUUAUUCAGUAAAAUUUAAAAUAAUUUCAUUUCUGGUUCUUCAGAAGGAAGCUUGAAGUGUUGGAGUAUUAAAAAUAAUAAAUAAUUGGAAUCUUCAGAUACUUAUGAAUAUCAUCCUAAAGGGAUAAGCUGUAUAAUUACGAAUAAAUCAGAAAAUUUGCUUUUCACAGGGGAUAUGGAAUAAAAUAUCUUAAUUUGGGAAGCCAACUUUAGUUUAAAGUAACUACAAUUUUUGACUUCAUUAGUUUCACACUAAAAUCGUAUAUUUGGAUUAAGUUUGAAUGAAUCAGAAACUAUUUUAGCUUCUUGUAGUUAUGAUAAACAAAUCAUAAUUUGGAGGAAAAUAUCAAACUAACAAUGGUAAUUUGAAAGAAAUAUUAACUAAUAUUAUUCAGAAUUUGGAAUAAGAAUUAAAUUUAUUAGUAAUGAUCGAUUAAUAUGGAUACCUGGGAGUAGGGAGAGUUAGGAUUGUUUAUUUGAUAUUCAACUUGAUGAUAAAAAUGUUUUAAAAUAAUUAUAAAAAUAAGAGUUAUCUAAGUGUUAAAAUACUAUUGAUGGAGUUUAUUUUCCUAUUGUUUGUCUGAAGGUUAACGGAUAAAAUAUAAUUAUUGUCAAACAUAAAUUAACUAUUUAUCUAUUCAAAGUAACAAAGAAAGGCGAUUUAAGUAUUGUCGCCUUAUGGAUAUAAAAAUCUGCAGAUUUCUUUGGAGCAGUCACAAAUGAUGGAUAAUAUAUGGUUAUUUGGGAAUAAUCUGAACAGAGAUAUUAAAUUUAUAAAAUUGUUAUUUGA